AUGAGAAAUACUGCUGAAGGCAACUGCAGAAAGAAAAAGAUGGAGAGAACCGAAGAUGCUGAUUCUCGCAGAGAGAGCACAAACAAGAGGCACUGCCCACAGGAAGACUCCCCUGUUGAAGAGAGCGUGAUUCAAAUGAAACCAGAAGAUCUUAUGGCGGAUGCCGACACCCCGCGCGGAGAAGCGACUAGAAGAAUGGCGAUUCUGAACGUAGACUGGGACUCCAUAGGGGCCAACGAGAUAUACCGAGUUAUUAGCGUCUUUGCGCGGAAAGAGAGCAUCCAGCGCGUGGUUCUGUAUAAGACCAAGUAUGGCGUGCAGGAGCUCGAGAAGGAAGAGCAAGAAGGCCCUGCAGUGAUGAAUCUCGACGUAAAUGAAGAGACGCAGGAAAUGGAGCUGCGCGAGUACUUGAAAAACAAAAUGAAAUAUUUCUAUGCGGUUGUGGAGCUGGACACAGCAGAGGCAGGGAGGGAGCUGUACGCAGCAGUGGAUGGACUGGAAAUAGAGGAAACACAUAACUACAUUGAUGCCCGGUUUAUACCCGAUGAUGCUGUGAUUUCAGACGUGGUUGUUGAGGAGACAAGCCAACUGCACAACACAGCAAGAAAAAUCCCAAUUAACCCUCUGUACAGCACGAAGCCGCAGCUCAAGUGGGACGAGGACCCGAUUAGAGACAGAUACUUGCGAGACCUUUUUGUUAAGGAGGUUGACUUGGAGGUGGCAAACAGCCUAAUUGACAUGUCGGACGACGAGGAAAAGCAGGCAUACUACAAGAAGGCCAUGCUGGAGAGCAUGCCCGAGGAGGAAGCCCCCGAGGAGGAAGAAAGCGCACUGCAGCAUAGCACACACAAAGAAAAAGCAGCUGGAUCGGUUGAAAACGAAGACAUCCGCAUGGGAGAUAGCAGCGCAGACGAGGCAGAUGAAAGCAGCGAGGCCGCAGUCCUGGGAGACGACAGCCGAUUUGCGCACGAGAACAACCCAGACUUUGCAGUCGAUAAGACGCACCCUGCAUACUUGGCUAAGAAGAGAAAAGAAAAAAGCAGCAAAAAGUAG